GGACGGGUAUUUUCUCAGGAAAAAAAAUCUAACCCCACCAGCCCAAUUCAUGCUCCUCUUCAGCUCUUCUUCUCCCUUGUCCCUCAUACCAGCGCCUCUCUCCUCUGUCUUUCUGAGCCGGCGACUCCUUCCCUCCACCGACGCCUUGCUAUCUCCUGUCGCCACCUCCCGUCGCGCCGUCUUGACCGUUGCUUCGCUGUGUCGUUCCGCGGUCUGGACCUCAAAAACAACAAGUGGUUAGAUCACCAUCUCCGGUUUCUCCAUUACUACAACCCUUCCCUUGCAAAUUGCAGAGUCUUAACUACCUGGUGUGGCCAUGGAUGGCGCAAACAAUGGUGAACCACAAAAUCAGAAGCGUGAUGAACUUACAGAGUCACUCAAUGAUCUCUUUAGCAGCAUUAGCACAAUGAUCAAAUCGGAGCUUCAGGGGACUAAUAAUCAACUUGAGUUAUUAGAGAAGAUGAAUGUGAGGGUUGCGGAAGAGUACAAAGGUUACGGCGACUUAACUUCAGGGUUGAGGGUUUUUGUGGAGCAGUUGAAAUGCAAGAGUGGUAGCUUCAACGAAUAUGUUGAGCAGAUUGAUGCCAUAGAGAAGCAAGUAACUGAAUUUGAAGUUGUGGUCUCUAUGCUUGACAAAUAUGUGUGUCUGUUGGAAUCAAGAGUGCAGUCUGUGUACCAAACUAGGCUUCAUCCUCCUCCUAAUAAUUAGAUAAUAUACAUAUGUAUAGAUUUGAUUUGGUAACUUGCUUACACAGUGAUUUUGAGUCUUUUAUCAUGUGUUAACCAGUUAAAGACUGAGAGGUUGUAUUGUAUUAGUAAUAUACCGGUGCUAGUAUAUUUUCCAUGAAGUAAUUUUAUUACAAAUUAAUUACUUUCA